AGACGAAGUCGAUUUAGCCAUGAACUAGAAAGAGAGGAGAAGACAAUUUCAUUGGGAAGAGAGAGAGAGAGGGAGGGAAUGCAUUCUGCAAACCACUGGGGCGGGUCGUUCGAGAUCAACGAAGAGGCGGCGGCGGACGAUGGGAGAUGGAGGAGAGGCGUGGACGACGUCGACCGGGCGGCGCUCUCCCCCUCCCGCCGCCACGACCUGGACGAGACGCAGCAGAGCUGGCUCUUGGGGCCUCCCGACCAGAGGAAGAAGAGGAAGCAGUACGUUGAUCUGGGCUGCGUCGUCUGUAGCCGCAAGGUCUUCAAGUGGACGCUCUGGUCCAUCGCCAUCGCCGCCGUGGUCAUCGGUCUUCCCAUAGUCAUCGCCAAGAGCAUCCCCAAGAAGAACGACCCUCCUCCUCCCCCAGAUCGCUACACCCUCGCUCUCCACAAGGCUCUCCUCUUCUUCGACGCUCAGAAAUCCGGGAAACUGCCGAAGGAGAAUCCGAUACCGUGGAGGGGUGACUCGGGACUACAGGACGGGUCGGGGCUGCCGGACGUGAAGGGAGGGCUGGUGGGAGGGUACUAUGACGCCGGAGACAACAUAAAGUUCGGUUUUCCGAUGGCCUUCGCCAUGACGAUGCUCUCCUGGAGCGCCGUGGAGUACCCUCAAAAGUACAAAGCCAUGGGAGAGUAUGAUCACAUCAGAGAGCUCAUCAAAUGGGGCACCGACUACAUGCUCCUCACCUUCAACUCCUCCGCCUCUACCAUAGACCAUAUCUACAGCCAGGUGGGUACCGCCGUGGAUGGAACCAGGACUCCGGAUGAUCACUACUGCUGGGAGAGACCGGAGGACAUGGACUACCCCCGGCCCGUCCAGAAAACGGUCGCCGGACCGGAUUUGGCGGGGGAGAUGGCGGCAGCGCUGGCAGCCGCAUCCAUCGUGUUCAAGGACGACGCCGCCUAUUCCAAGAGGCUGGUGGCUGCCGCCGCUACCGUCUUCGACUUUGCCCGCGACCGUGGAAGGCGAGCCACUUACAGCAGAGGCAACCCGGCGAUCGACAUGUUCUACAACUCCACCAGCUACUUCGACGAGUACAUGUGGGGCGGGGCCUGGCUCUACUACGCGACGGGCAACGUCUCGUACCUGGCGCUGGUGACGGACGCGGCGAUGGCCAGGAACGCGAUGGCGCUGAUGAAUGUGCCGGACCUCGGCGUGCUGAGCUGGGACAACAAGAUACCGGCGGUCGAGGUGCUGCUGUCCAGGUACAGGUUGUUCCUGAACCCGGGCUACCCCUAUGAGGAGAUGCUUCAGGCGUACCAGAAACAGACGGCCCUCACGCUCUGCUCUUACUUGCAACAAUUUCAAGUCUUCAAUUUUACCAAAGGUGGGAUGAUCGAGCUGAACCACGGGCAGCCAGAACCCCUUCAGUACGUGGUGAACGCAGCGUUCUUGGCCGCCAUAUACAGCGACUAUCUACAGGCCGUGGGCGUCCCUGGCUGGUACUGUGGCCCUUAUUUCUUCCCCUUGCAGGUGCUUCGAGAUUUCGCUACUUCUCAGAUGGACUACAUAAUGGGUUCCAAUCCAAAAAACAUGAGCUACAUAGUAGGGUGGGGCUCCAACUACCCGAAGCACGUCCACCACCGUGCAGCUUCCAUCCCCUGGGACGGCAGAAAGUAUGGAUGUGGCGGCGGUUGGCGGUGGGAAGACUCUCCAAACCCCAACCCCAACAUCAUCACGGGUGCGAUGGUUGGAGGACCAGACCGCUUUGACGGCUUCGACGAUGUCCGCAGCAACUACAACUACACGGAGCCCACUCUCGCCGGCAAUGCAGGCCUUGUUGCCGCACUUGCCGCUCUCUCCGGCAGCACCGCCGGAGGCGUCGACCGCAACAACAUCUUCUCAGCCGUGACACCACUUUACCCACCAUCCCCACCUCCACCCCCUGCAUGGAAACCAUAGAAAGGCAUUAGUUACAGUGCUGAGAUGAUCAUACUGUCCUAGCAGUUCCUUCUGUCAAUAGUUGUAAGAAGCAGGGAAUCAUCCGGUUCCCACCUUUUCCAUUUCAAAUUACACUUACGAUUGUUUGCUUUUUGUACCAUAAUAAACAUCAAUGCAUGAGCCAUUCUUUUUUCUCCUUUACAA